UCCUCUUUUCCCUUUUCACGCAUCUCUCUCCCUCGCCCACAAAUUUCAACCUCCACAACUUUUGCAAAGAGUUCCGGCCACCAACCCAUCCAGCGCUGCUCAUCGACAUCUACUCCAUCACCGCCUGUCAACCUCGUUGUCGCAGUUCUUCAGCCUCCCUCGCCAACACACCGCCGCGUGCGCCGCCAGUCUGAGCCACGAAUCUGCACCGUCACCUCCUACAGGUGUCGCUCGCCGUGCGCCGUCGCUUGUCGCCAUCACUGCUGGUCUUGCCUCCGCCCUCAGUCGCCGCCUAUUUCAAGUUGGGUGUUGGGGUUUUACGCUUGGAGGCUGAAAGAUACAACCAUAGAGAUGGAAGGUGGGCGCCCUCUCCUAGCUGAUGCCAUCCCGUUGUUCCAGGAAGGUAUCGGGUUGGUUUUAUCUCGUUGGUCCGCUCUCCAGUUGGCCGUGGAGAAUGAGUGGGGUGGUCGUGACUCUCGUCGUAAAGUUGAACUAUUAUGUUCCGACAUUUUCAAAUGGUUUACUCAGAACAGAGAACCACUAUAUAUCGAUGAUUUGGAAAUGAUUCUUGAUGAAGCUAUGCUUUCGUUGAAUACUCAAGUUGAUGACGGUAGCAUCGAAGAGGUAGCUGAAAGAUUGAUUGUCAUGCAUGAGGAAUGUUUGGAUCGUAACUUUAGCUCUAUUGAGAGGUUAAGGCAAACUCCUCUUCCUCAAGUUGCUCACGUUAAUCAGGCUGAAAGUGAUGAUGAUGAUGAAGAAGAAGAAGAAGUUGAAAAUGGAAGAGAUGUCAUGAGUGAUGAUCUGAUGGUGGAUGCCGUACAACCAGCGCAAUCCAGGCCCGUCAAUCAGCCCAAUCCAGAGGCUGCAGCUGAAGCUGAAGAUGGAUGGGUUCAAGUCACAUCAAGAAGAAGUAGGGGUACAAGAAAUUAAUACCAACCUUUCAAUGUCUUCUAUUUAUCUAAGAAUAAUUAUCUCGAAUGAAUUCAUUGCCCUAUUCUCUAUACUGGGCAUGAGCAAUCAAUUUUGUUUGAUGUGAAAGUAUAUAAAAUAUUAGAAUUCAGCUUGUGUUUUAAGAAAUCUUAGAGGCAGCCAUUAUGUCAUUGUUUUUUAUAGUAUCAUAUUUAUCCCAUAUGAUUGAUUA